AAACUUGGAGGUCAGGAAACAUAAGCAACAUUGAAAGCAAUUGAAAAUAAAAACACUAAAAACCUGGGAACAAGAGUUAUCUUACACCUGUUGACAAGCCGCUAAUAUAAUGACCUCAUAAAUCAGGAAGAGUACAGUCCCCUGCCCACCCUGCCCCUCAGUAGUAAGCAUAGCUGUGAGCAGCAGAAAGCGGUGACUUUAGCAGGAGGGGCUAUUCCUGCCUGAUGUGAAUGAGUCUAGAGUGGAUGAGCAGUCCUGGUGGCUCUGUGACGUCCCCAGCGACCAGGCUCGGCAGUGGAACCACUCUCCCGUUCCCGGGUGUUCCUGGCGUCCUGCCCAGGUGGCUCCGAGCGUACCGCAUCCCAGCCAUGUUCCUGGCAGGAGGAUCCACAGAGGGGAAGUACCUCGCCCACUGGCCAGAGUACUUCAUCGUUGCAGAGGCCCCUGGUGGAGAGUUAAUGGGUUACAUCAUGGGCAAAGCAGAAGGCUCGGUGGCAAGGGAAGAGUGGCAUGGGCAUGUCACAGCUCUGUCUGUUGCCCCAGAAUUCCGACGCCUUGGUCUGGCUGCUAAGCUUAUGGAGUUACUAGAGGAGAUUUCAGAAAGAAAGGGUGGAUUUUUUGUUGAUCUCUUUGUAAGAGUGUCUAACCAAGUUGCAGUCAACAUGUACAAGCAGUUAGGCUACAGUGUGUACAGGACGGUCAUAGAGUACUAUUCGGCCAGCAACGGGGAGCCCGACGAGGAUGCUUACGAUAUGAGGAAAGCACUUUCCAGGGACACUGAGAAGAAAUCCAUCAUACCAUUACCUCAUCCUGUGAGGCCGGAAGACAUUGAAUAACCAUGAGCAGUGGUUCUUAGGCUGAUGAUGCUCCAGAUAUUUUAUGGAAAAUAUUAUUUUCAUUAGAUGAUCCUGGAGCUCUAUUAGGAGAAAAGGGAAUCGUUUAGAUCUUAAAGACUUCAAGAAAAAAACAGGUUAUAAACUUAUUUUAAGUCUUGUUUCCUGUUAGCAAUAUCAUACCUUCUAAAGCUGUCCACUGUAAUAAAAUUCAGCCAAAAAAGGCAGCUAGGUCAAAAGGAAACAUUCCACUGUUAUGGUUCAUAAUGUAAUAUUCAUGGUAUGCUGGGGAAAAAGCUUGCUCCAAUCUCCUCCUAAAUUCUGUGCCUGAGAACCACUGCGGCAUAUAUAUUUUUUAUUUUGUAUUGAACUGUUAAUUGAAGCUUUAAAAAGCAUAUAUGAAAAGUGUAAAUCUAAGAUGUAUAAUAAAAUGCACUGUUGACUCUA